AAACAGCUAAAUCAUGUUUUCUUGGAUAUCAUAGGUACCUCAGUCCUUCAGGUGACAGCUACAGAUGCUGAUGACCCCACCUAUGGAAACAGUGCUCGGGUCGUGUACAGUAUUCUUCAGGGACAGCCAUAUUUCUCUGUUGACCCUAAAACAGGAGUCAUCAGGACAGCCUUGCAUAACAUGGACAGAGAAGCCAGAGAACAUUAUUCGGUUGUCAUUCAAGCCAAAGAUAUGGCAGGACAAGUUGGAGGGUUGUCUGGAUCAACCACAGUCAAUAUCACCCUCACCGAUGUCAACGACAAUCCCCCCAGGUUCCCUCAGAGUAUGUAAAGAACAUUAUCAGCUGUAUGUUCCUGAGUCGGCACAAGUUGGUUCUGCAGUAGGCAAGAUCAAGGCUAAUGAUGCGGACAUGGGGUCAAAUGCAGACAUGAAAUACACGGUCAUAAAUGGGGAUGGCUCCGGAGUGUUUUCCAUAUCAACUGACAAAGAAACACGAGAAGGGAUUAUUUCCUUGAAGAAGCCACUGAACUAUGAAAAAAAGAAAUCCUAUACUCUUAAUAUAGAAGGAGCAAAUACCCACCUCGAUUUCCGCUUCUCACACUUAGGACCUUUUAAAGAUGUAACUAUGUUGAAGAUCAUUGUUGGGGACUUGGAUGAGCCUCCAUUGUUCACUUUGCCUUCCUAUGUCAUGGAUGUUUACGAAAACGCCGAAAUUGGGACUGCGGUGGGCACAGUUACAGCGCAAGACCCAGACAGCGCGAACAAUGUAGUAAGAUAUUUCAUUGACCACAACGCAGAAGAAGAUAGGUAUUUCACCAUUGAUGCAAACACUGGGACCAUUAAAACAGCUAAGGUCUUCGACAGAGAAGAAACCCCUUGGUACAACAUAACAGUCACGGCUUCUGAAAUUGAAAGUCCUGGCCUCCUGAGCCAUGUCCCCGUUGGAAUAAAAAUUAUUGACGUCAAUGACAACCCUCCAGAGCUUGCUGAAGACUAUGAUGUAGUUGUCUGUGAGAAUGCAAAGCCGAACCAGGUUAUCCAGACUAUCGGUGCCACGGACAGAGAUGACUUUGCAAAUGGUCAAAGAUUUCACUUUUCUCUGGACAACAGUUUCCCUUUGAAUCCCAACUUUACGCUAAAGGACAAUGAAGAUAACACAGCCAGUAUCCUGACCAGGCGGAGGAGAUUUAGUCGGACGACUCAGGAUGUGUAUUACCUCCCCGUGGUGAUCUCUGACGGAGGGAUCCCUUCUCUCAGCAGUAGCGCCACCCUUGUGAUACAAGUGUGCGCAUGUGAAAGAGAUGGGAGGGUGAGGACCUGUCAUGCAGAGGCAUUCCUCUCCUCUGCAGGAUUGAGUACGGGAGCCUUAAUUGCCAUCCUGCUGUGUGUCAUCAUUCUCCUGGCAAUAGUGGUCCUUUUCAUCACACUAAGACGGAGCAAAAAGGAGCCUCUGAUUAUUUCGGAGGAGGACGUCCGGGAAAAUGUUGUGACCUAUGAUGAUGAAGGAGGAGGUGAGGAAGACACUGAAGCUUUUGACAUCACUGCCCUGCGGAACCCAUCAGCUGCUGAGGAACUGAAGUAUCGGAGGGAUGUGCGGCCUGAAGUCAAACCCACCCCUAAGCAUCCCACUUCAUCCUGUCUUGACAGUAUAGAUGUUCAGGAAUUUAUUAAGCAAAGAUUGGCAGAAGCAGACCUCGAUCCUAGUGUGCCCCCAUAUGAUUCCCUACAGACUUACGCAUAUGAGGGUCAAAGGUCAGAAGCUGGAUCUAUCAGCUCCUUGGAUUCAGCCACUACACAUUCUGACCAGGAUUAUAAUUACCUUGGUGACUGGGGACCAGAGUUUAAGAAGCUAGCUGAACUUUAUGGAGAAAUAGAAUCUGAAAGAACAACUUAAAUUCUCGUUAUCAUUCCUCAAAUACGGAACAUUUUAGUUCCCCAAGCAACUUGGAGACAUAACGACAGCAGUGGUUUAACAGCAAACAAUCUUUAUCUGAAUAUAUUAUAGAAAUGCAGUACUUGGAGCAAACUGAUGUACACAGUUACUGUAGAAACAAGUGCCCUUUUCACAUUUGAAACUGGGUUCUUCAAUUGGAUGGAAAUUUGGAAGAAGAAACAGAAAAAUAUAUGCCCCAAAGGAAAAGAUUGUCCCUUUGUGUAUAUUUUUAAUUGCUCAAUAAAGUCUGUGGUGCAGUAUCAGUAACGAUACCCUAAGUAAACCAAGCAAUGGCCAAUAUUACUUUAAUAUCCCUAAAUAUACCCAGAGCUACAUUGAGUCUAUAGUGAUGCCUACUUGUGAGAAGAACAAAUCUUGUUUGGAUAGUUGAAAUAAUGUGUCUAGCUCUGUUUAUAAGUUUAGAGGGGUUAAGGUAAUGAUGGGGAGAGGUCAUUUGCUUCUGUUGUAAUACAUCCCAGGAAUACUACUUCUUUCAGAAGGGUGUAACGGAAUUGCUCAGUUAAGUGCCAUUUUAGUGUCUGCCCAUACUAACACCCAUCUGAAUUUUAUUUACAUGCCAACAUCUGUUGGGGGUGACACAUUUCAAUGGGCCAAUCCUAAUCUUCCCAUCCAUAGUGAGCUCGUGAACCAAGCAUUCUAUUGAAACAAUCUCAUAAUUCCACCCUCCCACUGCUAGAACUUUGCUGUUACUGAGUGGUAUCGAAGCUGUUGCUUCCAUUUUUAUUGUUAUUUUGCCUGCUAUUUUUAACAGCAUUUCAAAUACAAAAGCAGAUUUUUAAAAAAAUUAAAUUUAACAAUAUAAAAUGUCUUUCUGCCAUGAAGGAGAAGAUGAAAAGGCUUUCUCGGUUUGGUUUGGUUUGGUUUGGUUUUUAAGUCAUUGUUUUAUUAUGUGUUAAGCUAUGCAACAGCUUGGGGUGCCUGGUCUUCAUUGGGAUUGGUGAAUGUAGAUAAGAUAUUGCCAAUCAUAUGAUGCUCUAAAUCCAAAAAAGAAAAUUGUCACUUGAUAAGGUGUUGUCAUAGCCAUUUUCUGUAUAUUCACAGGAUGGCAUAGAGAGCAUUAUCAGGCAAUUCCAAUGUCAGGUUCAGCAUCCAUGGGAAGACUUUGGGUGCAACAAACAACCUGAAGGCAAACGAUGCGAUUCCCAUCUCAGAAGUCAAACGGGUCUGGGUCGUGCAAUGCAAUGGUCCAAAGGGCAGCAGCAGUACAAGACAUGCACAUCACUGGAGUGCAAAGUAGAGCUGUAAAAGUAUCUUAAAAUGUUCUCAAAAUUUAUUGUAAAACAAUAGAACUAUUAUUUACUGUGGCAACACCCAAUAUGUUUGGAGGGACAUGCCCUUAUUUUAUGUCUACUUAUUUAAGUUUGGUAAGUGUAUGUAAGAUUUAUGCUGUUUUGGGUCACUUGUUGAAGAUUGUAUGCAUAUUUUAUAUUACUUCUAGUGUAUUUUCAAUCCAGCUUUAUACAGAUAAAGCUGCUUGGGUCCUUCAAAACAUGUUGGGUAUUCCAUUAAAAAUAAAAAAAAAUAAAAGAUUUAUUCUAUUGUAAUAAACAUUGACAAAGAAAGAUAUAGCUCUUUUGUGCACUAUUGGUGUUGCAAUCUCUUGUUUCUUUGCAACACUGAGGUCACCAGGGACCACUUUCCCAAGUUAACUACCCCAAGCUCAUGAAUAAAAUGGUGACGCACAGCUUUAAUAUUCAAGGUAAACCCGUGAGCAUGGGAAAAUUACCUUAUAAUUUAUUGUGCUACAUAGGAUCCCACACAGAUAAGGCUGGAUCCUACUCAAUGCUUCCUUCUCAUAUAUGUAACUGUUUAUUUCCCUACACAUCUAUGUGCAUUUGCAGGAUCAUUCAAAAAGGCAUCUCCAUGAGGGUCAGAGUUCUUAAAUCCAUUGAUUAAUUUGGGGCCUCUAUAUCAGAAGGGGGUGGUGGUGGAGGGUCUAUUGUUUGAAUAAGGAAACAGAGCCAAGAAAGGAUUGUAUUAGUUAUGAUGGUUUGUUUUAGUAUUUUAGUUUAUACUUCAUUUAGUUAUGAUCUUGUUGCAUAGCUAGAUUUUGUGGCUUUGUUUGUUAGGGAUGCAUUUGUGUGUUUGAGAGAGAGAAAAGCAUCACUCUUGUUUUUGUGACACCAAAUUAAUUUUACAAGUGUGGCAAGGCAAAAGGGAGUACUUAUUUUAUUGCAAGUCAGUUUCACUUAGGCUGCAAUUUUGCAGGAACACAACACAAGUAAUAACUAGAUGGGGAAUGCUAGGUGCUUUUUUUGUUCAGUGGUGAGGUCUUGACGUUAGUAGAGGCUAUUAAUGAAAAUAGCUGUACAAUUUGAUUUCUCACCAGUUCACAUUUAAUAUGUUGGUUUUGCUCCCCACCUUUCUAAUGACAAGGCCCUUAUUACACUCCAAACCAUAGCUGAAAUCCUGAUCUUGCAAAGGAUUGUUGCAAUUGAAUUUCUCCAGAAUCGUGAUCUAGGGUUGGCAAACUAGGUGAGAAACUGCACAGGCACUGAAUUCCCUCAGGAAAGUUUCUUGAGGAGACUUUCUAAUCACCUGCAAGAUAACUAUGUCGUCAUCGCUCCAUCCUACUCCAUGCUUAAGAGUGAGUUGGAAGUCCUCACCCUGGACUACAGAUAUUUCUGGACCCUAAUGUGAUAGCACAGGAACAGGCGAACAGUUUCUGCACUCCAAACACAGAGAUAGAACAUUGCAGUCAAUCUGUAUAAACACCUUGAUUUUGCCACUUCUACCUCUGAAUUAGUGUUUCUUCAGGGGAGUUGACAUUACCUAACCUCACUGUGCUAGAGAUGGACCGUAGUUACUCUCUCGGUACAUUUCUGCUUAUCACUAAUGAAUUACUUCUAUCACUGCUUGUAGCAGUGUACCCCCCAAGCUUCAAAUACUUGAGGUGCACUUCUUUUUGUCAGAAUCAAAACUGAAGGCCCGUCCCUAUGGUGGAAAACAGCCAAAAGCCAUUAUUUUUAGGGUAUUUAAAAAGUAAGAAUUACUCAAUCUUAGGAAAAUCCACUACUUGCAUUUCUGCUAAUUUGAGUAUGUGUCCUAGUUUAAACUG